AUGGGAAGUAAAACCCUGCCGGCCCCAGUGCCUAUCCAUCCUUCCCUCCAGCUUACCAACUACUCUUUCCUGCAAGCAUUCAACGGGCUGCCCGCUGUGCCCUCUGACCACCUCUCUAACCUCUAUGGCUUCAGUGCCCUGCACGCCGUGCACCUGCACCAGUGGACUCUGGGCUACCCAGCCAUGCAUCUGCCUCGCUCCUCCUUCUCCAAAGUGCCCAGCGUUUCAAGCCUGGUGGAUGCGCGGUUCCAACUUCCGACCUUCCCGCUCUUCCCACAUGUCAUCCAGCCCAAGCAAGAGGCUGCCAACAUGACCCUCAAAGCCAAACCCCGCUUUGACUUUGCCAACUUAGCAGUGGCUGCUACACAAGAGGACCACUCUAAACUGGGACAGGCAGAUGGCCAGGGCUCACCUGCAGGGCUGGGGUCUUUGCUUGAGGUGACUAAACUCUCUCCAGAAAAGAAACCCACGCGGGGAAGGUUACCGUCCAAAACCAAGAAGGAGUUUGUGUGUAAAUUCUGUGGCAGGCACUUCACCAAGUCCUACAACCUUUUGAUUCAUGAAAGAACCCACACUGACGAACGGCCCUACACAUGUGAUAUUUGUCACAAGGCUUUCAGAAGACAGGAUCACCUGAGGGAUCACAGAUAUAUCCAUUCUAAAGAAAAGCCUUUUAAGUGUCAAGAAUGCGGGAAAGGAUUUUGCCAGUCCAGAACACUAGCGGUCCACAAGACACUGCACACGCAAGUAAAGGAACUGAAACCUGCCAAACUUAAGUGUUGA